AUGUCAGAAGCCAUAAUAUCACGUCCAAAGUCAGAACUUUCGAAGGAGGAGUUAGAACAACUGGAAGAGUUUGAGUUUAAACAUGGGCCUAUGUCACUCAUAAAUGAUGCAAUGAUCACAAGAAACCCAGUAAUUAUAUCUCUCCGAAACAAUCAUAAACUAAUAGCAAGGGUAAAAGCUUUUGACAGACAUUGCAAUUUGGUGCUGGAGAAUGUUAAAGAAUUAUGGACUGAAAAGAAGAACAAACAAACUAUAAAUAGAGAGCGCUUCAUCAGUAAACUGUUUUUAAGAGGGGACUCCGUGAUCGUUAUCCUAAAAGCUCCUCUCCAGUAA